GAGAGAGGCAGCCGGUCACGACCUGCGGUGGCUCUGGGGUCCCGCCUCCCGGGACUCCGUGCCAGGCACACUGAGCAUGCAAGUCGCUCUUGUGAUGACAGCUUGGCUGGUUUCCGUAGUUCCCAGUCAUGAAUAUGGAGCGAACAGUUUGCCAGACAUCAAAAAUGAAGAUUUCAUCAAAGACUGUGUUCAAAUUCAUAACAAGUUCCGAUCAGAGGUGAAACCAACAGCCAGUGCUAUGCUAUACAUGACGUGGGACCCAGCACUAGCCCUAAUUGCAGAAGCGUGGGCAAGAAACUGUAAGUUUGCACACAAUGGACAGCUGCAUUCGAACAGGCUGCACCCCAAUUUCUCUUCAGUGGGAGAAAACAUCUGGACUGGCUCUCUAUCCCUAUUCUCUGCAUCUUCAGCCAUCACAAGCUGGCACAGUGAAGUUCAGGACUAUGACUUUGAGACUCAGAGAUGCACCAAGGUCUGUGGCCAUUACACUCAGGUCGUGUGGGCAAACAGUUACAAAGUUGGAUGUGCAGUACAGCAUUGCCACACAGUCGAUGGCAUUAGACAUUUAACCAACUUAGCACAUUUCAUAUGCAACUACGGACCAGGGCAAAGCUACCAAAGGCCAUAUAGAAAAGGAUCUACUUGCAGCGCCUGCCCCAGUGAUGACAAAUGUUUAGAUAACCUCUGCACUAACCUAAAGCGAGACAAAGUCACAGAUUACUACUCGAUUGUGCAUCCUGACUGGCCAGUAUCUUCACGCAACAGAUACCUAUCUCUCUUUCUCAUUGUUAGUCCACCAAUCCUAAUACUGAGUGCUAUAAUGACCAUUUGGGUCAAGCACAAAUACCCUCACUUAGUUCUUCUGAACUAAUAUAAUCCACAAAAAAACACAAUUCAUUCACAUAUGGGUUGUUUUUUUUUUUAAUUAACAGUUGGGUAUA